AUGGCAGGGGAGACGUUGGGCAUUCCAAGUGCCAAUGAUUCCCUAAAGAAGGCAACUAUUAGAUCACCAUUCACAUUGAAGGAGUUUUCUGCCCAAGGAGAGACAGAGUCAAGUGAGGGACAUGCUAUUGUGAGAAUGCAUCCUCCUUUGUGGCAUACUCCAAUGACAGUUGAAGAAGAACCUGUAAGAUCAAGUCAAAACCUGAGCAAUGCAGAAAACAAUGAGUCAGCAAGAGACCCUACUGCUAGCCCUAGUGGAGGCAGUGAUGGCAGACAGGGAGAUUUGCCUGUAUCCAGAGUUCUAUUGGUGCCUUUUGGAAAGGACAUGGAAAUGUCUCAGGUGAAGCAGUUCUUGAUGAUUUGUCCCAUUCAAUCAACACAAAUAGAACAGAAAUCAAAAGCAACAGAAGUGGGAGAUGCACUUCCUCAUGAUGAAGUUGAUGAGGUUGAUUCUACUUAUGAUGAAACAUGUUGGGCAAAUGGAUAUGAAAGGGAAUGUUACAGGGAACAAAAGGAGGGGAAGCAAAACUUAGCUCAUCUGGUAAGAUCAUUGCCAUUCACUUGUGCCAGGAAUAGAAACUCACUGAGGAAAAAUAACUCUAACCACCUAAGGAAAUGGCACAUAGGAGCAGAGACCAUUAAGGUGAAAGGAAGCCUGGCAAAAAUGUGCAAAGUGGAGUUCCACAUUGGUCAGGGAAAGACAUUGCUGAAGGAGAGGAUUUGGACAAAUAAAAAGGAGAGGAUGGAGUGGAACUUUGUGCCAGUUUCUGCCUCAUCUAGUGUUGAAGAGAGUGAGGAAGAUGAAAUGACAGAUUAUGAAUCUGCCAGUUACAUUCCCUGCCAGGGAGAAGUCCAGCUGGUUGACCUAGAUCCAGGAGUGAAGAGGGAAAGAAAGGAAGAAAGAGUGUUGUGUCACAGUUGUGGCCGCUCCUUCCGUCGGACAUCAGAAUUCCGCAUCCAUGAACGAGUGUGCAUCUUGGGCCUUGAUCCCAUUGAAUAUCAUUGUCCCCAUUGCCCAAAAUCCUUUCGCUCUAAGCAUUAUGUCAAUGAGCAUGUUGCACAUCAACAUAAUGGCAGAAGACCAUUUUUAUGUGAUGUGUGCAAGAUGAGCUUCACUACCCGAGUGGUGCUCAGGGACCACAUGAAGACUCACACAGGGGAAAAACCCUUCCUCUGUGAUCUGUGUGGAGAGCACUUUGCAACAUUAAUGGUGAUGCGACAACACAGGCGUGUUCACACAGGUUCCCGCCCAUACAAGUGUCAAAUCUGUGAUUAUCGAGGGACGCAAAGAGCUUCUAUCUAUGUCCAUUUCAAGCAUCAUCAUCCUGAGAGCUUGAGUAUGAAGAGAAAGCAUGUCUUUAUGAAAGAGUGA